AUGACGAUCGCUAGGUGGCGUUGUCGUUUGUGCUUUACUGCUGCAUAUCAUCCUCCCCCCUCCUUCUUUCCUCCAUCAUUGGAGAGGAUCGACGGCAAGCUAGCAGUACGCAGCCUUACACUUUUCUCUGAGCCAUUUUUUUCUCUCUCUCCUUUCAUUUUACUCUCACUCCCCCUUCUUCGUCAACAAGACCAUCAAGUCAAACAGGCAGUCAAUGCCAUAGUGGACAUAAGUAGUUUGCAUGAGAGUCCUCUCUUUAUAAUGGAUAAAGGAAACAAAUUUGCACCUGUCCACGUCGAGAAGUGUGCUGCAUGUGAGAAAACCGUUUACGCAAUGGAACGCGUUGAGGCCAACAAAAACAUCUACCACAGAAGCUGCUUAAAGUGUUCACACUGCAAUACCAAGUUGACCUCUUUACUCAUCCUUUGCUUUGCUGAUCUAUGCAGACCAGCCACAACAGAGUUGAGUGUCGCUCUCUCUCUCUCAAUAAGGCUUCUUCCUUUCCUAUUCAACUUUUUUAAUUUUUUAUACUUUUUUCACUUUUUCUUUUUUUUUUCACUCUCUCUCUCUUUGCGCCCUCUCUCUCUCUCUCCCUUGCUCCCUCCCUCUCUCUCUCUCCCUCUCUCUCUCUCCCCUCUCUCUCUCUUUGCCCCCCUCCUCUCUCUCUCUCCCUUUCUCUCUUGCCCUCCCUCUCUCUCUCUCUCUUUCCCUCUCUCUCUCUCUUUCGCCCUCCCUCUCUCUCUCUCUUUCUCUCUCUUUGCGCCCUCCCUCUCUCUCUCUCUUUGCGCCCUCCCUCUCUCUCUCUCUUUGCGCCUCCCUCUCUCUCUCUUUGCGCCCUCCUCUCUCUCUCUCCCUUUCUCUCCCCCUCCUCUCUCUCUCUCUUCGCCCUCCCUCCCUCUCUCUCUCUCUCUUUGCCCUCCCUCUCUCUCUCUCUUUGCGCCCUCCUCUCUCUCUCUCCUCUCUCUCUCUCUUUGCGCCUCCCUCUCUCUCUCUCUUGCUCCCUCCCUCUCUUGCGCCUCCCUCUCUCUCUCUUGCGCCUCCCUCUCUCUCUCUCUUUGCGCCCUCCCUCUCUCUCUCUCCCUUCUCUCCUCCCUCUCUCUCUCUCUUUGCGCCCUCCCUCUCUCUCUCUCUUUGCGCCCUCCCUCUCUCUCUCUCUUUGCGCCCUCCCUCUCUUCACCUUUUUAG